UGAAUCUGCUUUUAAAAAAAAAGAAGAUUUAUGGAAACCGAAAAAGAAGUAGAGAAAGAGAUGUGUUUUAAGUUUUUACAGAGAGAGAGGGGGCCAUUGACAUGACGACAGCCUACACUUCUCGUUUCUCGGUCCAUUCCAUUCCUUCACCAACAUCUUCUUCUUCUUCUCCCCCAAAUUCAACCUCUUGGAUUCUUUCUUUCUUUUAUGCUCCUCCUUCCUUAUUUUCAACAUCUAUCUAGUAGGUAUGCUGUUGUUGUUCCAAUAAGGCAGGCAGGCACAUUGAUUGCAUAACUCCUCCUUCCUUAUGGGCUGAAUUGAAUUGAAGUAACCAUGCUUGCCUCUAACCCAGACCAACAACAAGAUUAUCCUUUUUUUGAUGCUUUAUCUCACCAUGAUUCCCUCUAUAACGCUUUCCAUUACCAUCUUUGGCUUACCACUCCCACAAGCGUUAAACAUCGAAAGAAACACUUUCUUAAAUUCAUGAUGAAUUUAACCUUACAACAUCAUCAUCAUGAAAACCAAUCAGAUGAUCAGAGGAUUAUAGAAUCAUCCAGUAGUGAUGCUGUCUUGAGAGAUGAUGAAGAUGAAAUCUCCUCUCUUAAUUCUGAUGAUGCUGCUGCAUCAAGGGACAAUUUCAUUUGUAAUCAACAGGGAUGUAAACAGAUUGAAGAUUCAUCUUCUCCACUGCUUCAGAAACUUGUACACAGACAAAUCAAGGUUGCUGGCACUAUGCCUACAACCCUCCUCAACAAACUCAAAACUCAAUGCUUGACUCGAUUACGCUCUAUGGCAUGUCUUGUCGACCCUCAACGAACAAGAUUUCAUGAUGAUUUUAGGGACGCUGCUAGAACCAGGGUUCAACGGGUCAAGGUCCGCCAAUAUAAGAAACAGCUCAAGGAACUCUCUGCUGUUUUCAUUGGACAAGAUAUCCAAGCUCAUCAAGGUUCCAUUUUGACCAUGAAAUUUAGUCAAGACGCCCGAUAUCUUGCUACUUCUGGAGAAGAUGGGGUUGUCAGGAUUUGGCGAGUUGUGGAAGAUGAUAGAUCCAAUGAUACUGACAUUCCAGAUAUGGAUCCUUCUUGCAUAUACUUUACGGUUAAUCCUCUUUCUGAAAUUUCGCCUUUGGUGGCUGAAAAACACAAGUUGAGUAUGCUGAAAACACUAAGAAAAACAUCGGAUUCGGCUUGUGUGAUUGUUCCUCCAAAGGUGUUUCGGAUACUGGAGAAGCCUGUUCAUGAGUUCCAUGGACACAAAGGUGAGGUCUUGGAUCUCUCAUGGUCCAGUCACAAUCUUCUGCUGUCAUCAUCGGUUGAUCAAACGGUUUGUUUGUGGAGAGUUGGGAGCGAUCAAUGCAUUAAAGUCUUUCCACACAGCAACUAUGUGACAUGUGUUCAGUUCAACCCUGUGGAUGAUACUUAUUUCAUAAGUGGGUCAAUUGAUGGGAAGGUUCGUAUAUGGUCUAUUGGGUCUUCCCAGGUUGUUGAUUGGACAGACAUACGAGAAAUAAUCACUGCUGUCACUUACAAUCCUGAUGGAAAGGGUGGAAUUAUUGGAUCGGUGACAGGCUGCUGCCGGUUUUUCAGUUUGUCAGAUAAUCAGUUUCAACUGGAAGCUUCUGUUUGCUUAAAUAGUAAAAAGAAGUGGGCUUGCAAGAGGAUAAUUGGCUUUCAGUUCUGUCCACAAGAUGCAAGCAAAGUAAUGGUCACAUGUGCGGAUUCCCAUGUCAGAAUUCUUCAUGGGAUCAACGUGAUAGGCAAAUACAAGGGCCAAAGAAACGGUGGGAACCAGGUAUGUGCAUCGUUCACGUCAGAUGGGAAACACAUAGUGUCAGCAUGUGAAGACUCAAACAUAUAUAUAUGGAAGUGUAAUAAUGAAAAGGAAGACCAGGAAAAGACAGUUAGGUCCUUUGAGUCUUUCUCGAGUGAUGCAUCAGUUGUGUUACCAUGGUGUGGUCUGAAAGAAAAUGGUUGGAACUUGCAAGAUGGUUCAUUUUCACCCGGUUACUUCUCUCUUGGUCCAGAGUCCAUUAAUCAAAAGGGGUCCGCCACCUGGCCUGAAGAAAAGCUUCCAGCCUCCAAUUCUCCAUUGUGUAAAUCCCAAUACAAUUUUUUCAAAUCAUGUUGGCGGAGGUCGGCUGGAUGUCAUUUGUGGGGUCUGGUUAUUGUAACCGCAGGGUGGGAUGGACAUAUCAGAUCGUUCCUCAACUAUGGGUUGCCAGUAACGCUUUAAGUUAACCGGAGUGAGUGGGCCGGUUGAAGAUGCUGCGUAUCUGAUUGCAGGACUCUCGUUUAAAGGUAGUGGUUAAAAGUGGUCCUCAAUCAUGGUGGUUUUGAAUGAUUGAUUUUUGUAUGCACAACCUGGAAGUGGGGCUCAGGAUCGAAGGCCAUUUUCUCUCAAUUUGCAUUUUUUUGCUUCUUGAUUGCAUUGCAUUGCAUUACAUUACAUUACAUUACAUGGGGUAAGGUAAAAGCCGAGAGCAAGAGCAAGCUGUUUGAUAUAUUACUCGCUUUUCUUGGCAUGAAACAGGUCUUCCAAGGCGUUUUUGUACGUCUGUCUUUUCAGGAAUUCCUUAAGCUUAAUUAAUGUACAUAAUAAACUCUCAUUUUAUUCAUGAGCUCUGUUUUACAAAUUCAUAUCGUUAAUAUCUUUUUGUUUU